UCUUGAUUAACUGUGAUGAUUGAGAGAUAUUGAAGGAGAUGUCAUCAGAGUCGAGACUUCGAUCAAUUCUACUUCUGCUCUGCUCGGUUCAUACGAUAUCAGAACAUUCAGGCUCGAGUCCAGAUCCCCCACUUGCACCGGCAUUGUAUGUCUUUGGGGACUCACUGUUCGACAGCGGGAACAACAAUUUCUUGCCCACCAUAGCCGCUAAUUACUUGCCCUAUGGCAAUAACUUCCCCAAGGGUUCCACCGGCAGGUUCACCAAUGGCCGAACUGUCGUAGAUUUUAUUGCUGAAUUUCUUCGUCUUCCAUACCCUCCACCAUACAUGAGCCCGAGCAGACCAGAUGUGAUCACGGGCCUGAAUUUUGCAUCGGGAUCUUGCGGCAUUCUUCCGGAAACGGGAAGUCCUUAUGGCAUAUGCUUGAAAUUGGAGGACCAGGUGAAUCUGUUCGAGAGGACGGCUGUUAACGACUUACCAGAGCACUUCAACGGCUCGAAUGAUAUCUCUGAUUACUUGUCCAAGUCAAUCUUUGCUCUCACUGUAGGCAGUAACGACUACAUCAACAAUUACCUCGAGCCUAAUCUAUUUGAUACGAGCCGGAGCUACCCUCCCAAUGCUUUCUCCCAGAUCCUUAUAGGAAAUCUCUCCGACCAUCUGAGAAGAUUAUUUGAUCUGGGAGCGAGGAAGUUUGUGGUUUUUGAGAUUGGGCCCAUUGGGUGCAUCCCAUCAAUCACGAGGAAGUCAAACCAUAGCGGGUUAUGCGUCGAUGAAUCAAACAGGCUUGUUUCAAUUUUCAAUGGCGACCUUCGAGAAAUGCUUCGGAACAUGACAGUCUAUCUCAGGGGCUCAGCCUUUGUUCUUGGAGAAGCAAAUUGGCUUGGAUAUGAUGCAAUAAUACACCCUCCUAAAUACGGUCUUACGGAUUCAACAAAUCCCUGUUGCAAGGCUUGGGGAAACGGUACUUCAGGGUGCAUCCCAUUCCUAAGUUCAUGUCGCAAUCCGAACGAGCACUUCUUCUGGGAUGGAUACCAUCAGACUGAAACGUUCUACUCGAUCAUAGCUACCCGGUGUUUCAAUGGGACAUCUGUUUGUACUCCACUCAAUAUAAAGGAGCUUGUGCAAAUAUGAUCAAAAAGACAAUAUAUAUAUAUAUAUAUAAUGAUAUGAUUUUUUUUUCAAUUAUAAAGUAGAC